GAUGACAUCAAAAGUAAACAUUUUUCUGCAUUUGUGAUAACAUUUUUGAUAAUUUAAAGCAAUGUCGAAGCAAUUUGUUGGUUUCUCUGACGAUGACAUCUACAAAAUCACCCGGCAAACUAAUGGCAAGGAUUCAGGAAAAACAAUUUCACGUCCCCACCAAAAACCUAUCCGGCUUGGGGAAAAGAAACCUGCCGCGAAAACCGUUCCCUCGAACGAGCAUGUGCAAACACAACUGGCCGACAGCAGCACAACCACCAGUUGCGUUGAUUCCAGCAUUUACCCAAAUCUUCCGAUUCAACAGGCUGUCACUUUCAAACCGCUUCCCGCUAUGAUGAACGCACCGGAAGAUGAGUCCAUUUUAAUUAUGCCUAGGAAACCACUUGGACCUGGUACAGUUUUAUCGUCGGCCGGAGCUUUGACUGCAGUACCGGAUAGCCCCGUUCUAGAGGGACUUCCUGCAUCGACUCCUAUGGCAAAAAAUGCAACUCCAGAGACGGUUACUCCAUUUAAAGGAAUGUCGCUGAAAGAUUUUGAGCAGCAGCGGAGACUCAUGCAGGAGCAGAAUCGACAGAAGCGUGAAAUGCUGCACAAAGUCAUUGAACAGCACACACAGAAAACAGCGGCUGAAGCGAAUAAAUUGCAAGAAAUUAAGACCGAAUUGAGCAAGUUAGACUCAGAACUAGCAACUGAUGUAGCUAUCCUCAGGAAACAAAUCGACAGUGCCAGCUUGCAUUUCUCCAAUGUUGAGAAAAACUAUCUGAACAUUGAAAAUUUGUUCCUCAAGGCCAAAGUCGAACUACAUCAAGCUCUCGAGCGCAAGGAAAUGCUAACGGAACAUCUGUGCACAAUCAUUUCACACAAUGAAGAACGCAAAGCGAAACGACUAUCUGAACUGAUGGAAAAGGUCGGCCUUUCUUUGGAUAAUGAAUUCGACGACAGCAGCAUGAAUGGGGAUUCGAGUGCGUCCACAGUUUCCUCCACGGUUGAAACGCCCCAAAAGUGACUUCUUUAGUAAAACAUUGUGAGAAAACAACUGCCUUUAUGUGACGUACUAAACGAUGAUGAAUAACAAAUAACCAAAAAGUACUAAAGCAAUAUGUGAACUUGUAUUAUCCUCAUGUGGAAUAUGUUAUUUGUAAGAUUGCACGACACACUUGAGCUCUAAAUCAGAACUCUACAAAAGCUUGCCAAAAUCUCGGCAGGCAACAGAACAACAAAUUCCGAUUUUACAUUCUGAUACUGCAGUAAAUGGCCUAGCCAGUUAUCGUCAUUUAAGCAGAUGAGGUCGGCUUUGAAGUUUUAAAAGUAUUUAUUCCUACCCCUUUUCUUUGUCAUAUUGUAGUUUAGUCCUCUGAAUCUUUGAGUAAAUAUUUACUAUCGAAUAGUUUUUACUUGUUGCUCAUCUACCGUCUAUCUUUAAAACGUGAACUACUAAAAACUGACAUUUUCUUGCAUUUAGUUUAAGGGGAUACGGGAAGCACGAACAAUCAUCAAAUCGUCAUCAUUUUCAACAUUGAAUGCUUAAUUUUUUUCUACAACAAAUAUGAUAUGGAAAAAGUAUCAGCGGCGCGUGCUUACUCGCAAUCUAUAUGCUGAUACAUUUACAGUUACAUCAAACAACGCAAUACGCCGCUCCAAAGUUACGAGGUGAUAAUGCUAGAAAGAGACGAAAGAAAGGCAAAAUAACACGGUGUGUAGUGCUUCCCCGAGUCACCUUAAAAGGAUAUACAAAAGAACAAAUAACGGUUACAAAUAAUUGAUAGUUCGUAAAACCUCAAAAGGUGCUUCUAAAUGAAUGGUAUUUUACAAACAUAAAUUCUUACUAGCCUAGACAAUAAAUAGCGAUUAACAUAACGAAUGUUUUCGACGCAUAUUUUACAACACCGACAAACAACAUUUUAUGAAUCAAAUAAACAUUAUUGAUAUUUAUAUUUCUUAAA